UGGGCGUGUUUAUCAGACUAAGUAGAACACGCGCGCGUCUUCGCGUCUUUUCAAUCUACGCUCCUCCAUCUACUCCCAUCACCGCACUGAUUCUCUCAGAACAAAACACAGCUGCAUGAGUUCAAUGGCCCCCGUGGCAUCUACUUCGACUGCUAAUGCGGUCUCACUUUUGUCGUAUCCUCAACGACGAACAAUACGCGACAUACGAAAGACAGUGCGAUUCAUGCUCGUUGAUUGAUAAAUACGACAAAGAGCUACGUAUUGAUCGAAAGACGGUCAAGUACGAGCAGCAGUUUGCGAAUCUGUACUUUGUGCGCUUGUCGAAGCUCAAGAAACGGGUCGAGAAGGUCGCGUCAGACGCCUGGGAUGGGAUAUCACUCUGGGGUCAAAAAGCAAAGCAGGUAGACCGAGUACUCGACGUCAAGCAAGGCGAGCUUUCCUGGGUAGUCGGCACGGUCUACAUGGAGAUGCCGCAAAAGCCCAACAUUCUCGAAGAAAUCACCAAAGAAUUCUGGACCGUCGCUCCGAUCUCAAAAGACAAGAUCCGAGACCCCGAGCACGACGAAAUCACGCUGGAAGACGACAGCGGCAGACUCUUGCUCGCGGGCUCGGUGAUCAAAGAGCAGCUUAUCGUGACCGGCUGCGUUAUCGCGGUCUUGGGUCUCGAGACGAGUACCGGCGAGUUUGAGGUCAGAGAUAUAGUGCUGCCGGGGCUGGCGCCGCAGAUUCCGCAUCAGAUUUCGACGGAAGGGCAUAAACGACGGUAUAUCGCGCUUGUGUCGGGGAUGGAAAUUAGUGGGAGUGUGCAUGAGGAGUACGAGAGCACGAUGCUAAUUGAGUAUCUGAUGGGCGAGCUUGGAAGCGACGCGAAACUGGCACACGGAUCAGAAAUAGUGCACGCAAUCUUCGCCGGCAACUCAUUCGCGGACCCAUCAGCUCUCGAGACCGACGACCAAGACGAAACACUCCCCCCCAAACAGAAAAAAUACGGCUACGAUUCCUCAGCCUACAAAGCCAAGCCGAUCGAGACUCUUGAUAGCGUGCUGGCGGAAAUCAGCAUGUCGCUGUCGGUAGACUUGAUGCCCGGCGACCACGAUCCUACUAACCUUUCUAUGCCGCAGCAGCCUAUUCAUCCUGCUUUGCUGCCUAAUACGCGGUCUUUUCUUGGGUCGUCGUUUAGGACCGUGACGAAUCCAUGCUGGUGGGACAUGGACGGUGUCAGGAUGCUCGGUACUGGUGGUCAGAAUAUAAGUGAUGUUUUCAAAUAUGUGGAAGGAGACGAUCGGCUGAAAAUGAUGGAGUCCACGCUGUUAUGGCAACACUGCGCCCCGACGGCUCCAGACACUCUUUGGAGCUACCCAUUCCAAGACAAAGACCCCUUCAUCCUCGACGAAUGCCCCCACGUCUACUUCGCCGGGAACCAACCCAAGUUCGCAACCUCGAUCUUGACAGGCGCAGACGGCCAGUCUGUGAGGAUCAUUGCGGUACCUCAGUUCUCGGUCACGAAGGAGAUUGUUUUGCUGGAUGUCGACUCGCUGGAGUGUGAGGUUGUGGCGUUUAAAGCUGGGGCGAAGCAUGAUUGAGAAUGUAUGAAAUGAAGUUACAGGAUCUUGUGCGAAAUUAAUAAAUGAUUAGCAUCGCUAGACUUUAAUGCUCUUAAAA